ACCUUUCACCAUUCUAUACAGGAAACUGUCAGCCGGUUGGAUUAAUCGACGUCACUGACUGCUACUACGGAUUCCCAAUAUCUUUAAGCUUCCCACAUUUUAUGAACGGUGACUUGGGCCUGCAACAAAACAUAACCGGAUUAAAUCCUGAUCAAACCAAGCACUCAUCGGCGUUUGUGAUUCAACCGGAAUCCGGCUUGCCGCUAUCGCUAUCCGUUAAAAUGCAAAUCAACAUGCAUUUUAAAGACCUAAGUAAUUUUCCGGCAGUCUCCAAGUUCAGUCAUCUCACAGCGCCAAUGUUGUGGUUUGAGAUCAUGAUGCCAAAGCUGCCAGACUCACUGGAUUCACGGUUCAAUUUCUACUUAAAUAUUUUGCCUUUAGUCAAUUCCCUAUGCUUUUGGACGUGCCUAUUUCUUGGAAUUGCUCUCAUACUCAGUACAAUUUCAAGGGCCACGAUCAAAAUGUCCAGCCACGUACGUGGUGUGAAUAUCUCUGAGGGUAAAUAUGCUCGAACCAAUCUAUGUCCGAGCAUCGUAGGUGGGGUCACCAAUAAAGUUUACAGCCCCUGCGAAAUGAAAUUGAUAGAUGAUAUUUCGGUUGUAGAGCAGCUUACUAUUGAGGAAUCUACCAGAGACUCGGCUUUUCAGCUUCUCCGCCAAGAAUCAACUUACGCCCUGGAAGUGGAGCCAGCUUUGUUCGACUUCGACCAUGUUAUUAAUUUAAGCAGUAAUUCAACCACCUACAGUUCAUGUUCAAAAGUUGGACAUUGCAAUGACGAAAACGAUAUAAGUGUUUAGUGCUUGAACUCGGGUAACGGAAGCGUAGCUGGAUUAAAGCAACCGGUGAGUGUAGUUGGAUCAAAUAAAUCCAAAUCGAAU